CCCACUCGAGGGGCGGGAGCUGAGGGGGUUUCGGGCCUAGUCUGAGGGGAGACUCCCGCUUCUCCUCCUCCUCCUCCUUGAAUUCGCCUUUGGGGGAGUUGCAUUAUUUAUAAUGGUUCCCCAAAGGCCCUGAAAAGGAGAGGCAGAGGCUGGGUGGGAGGAUGGAAGGAGGAGGAUAAAAUGGCCCCCUUCGCCUGGAACUGAUGGAAGCUGAAGAGCACUCAGACAUGCAUAACUUUCUUCAAUGCACACAGAAAAAUAUGAAUACAGGGUACUUUAUAUUCAGAAAUACAGAAAAACCAACAAAGUGGAGUCAAAUACAUGCAGCAGCUUCAUGGGCUUGAAGGAUCACUUGGGACAUGACCUAGGCCACCUCUAUGGGGAUGCUGCAGAGACUCAAAUCAUUGCACCUUGGUCAAUGGUAGAGAAACCAACAAUGGAUAAAAUUAACUCUAGGAAGGAGGAUGCUAACAAGGAGACUUCUGAAGAAACUGGAAGUUCCAGUUGCGAUUCUGAGGAAAGCACAAAUUCUGAUAAUGAAUCAGAACGAUCAGCUACAACUGGAUCAUGCUUCUUACCUAAGACUCAUAGACAGCUGUGUAGGUCUCCUUGCCUAGAACCACAUAUAUUAAAACGCAAUGAAAUCUUGCAAGACCUUAAACUAGAGGAAGCUCAGAUAGUGUCUAAAGAAGUUAAGAAGCCUCCUGACGUUAUGAAAGAAUAUCAAACCAAACUAGAGUUUGCACUUAAAUUAGGUUACUCUGAAGAACAGGUUCAGCUUGUCCUCAAUAAACUUGGUACAGAUGCUUUAAUCAAUGAUAUCUUGGGAGAACUUGUCAAACUUGGAAAUAAAACUGAAACUGAACAGAGUGUAAGUAGCAUUAACAGCAGCAUAAUGCGAGAAGCAUCUUCUGUUGAGUCACAGAGAUCUGAUUCCCCUCUUCAGGAGGAUGUGCCAGUGGAUGGUGAUAACUUGAGACCUAUUGUUAUCGAUGGCAGCAAUGUUGCAAUGAGCCAUGGAAACAAAGAAGUAUUCUCUUGUCGAGGGAUUAAACUGGCAGUGGACUGGUUUUUGGAAAGAGGCCACAAAGAUGUCACAGUGUUUGUGCCAGCAUGGAGAAAAGAACAGUCCCGACCGGAUGCUCUCAUUACAGAUCAAGAAAUCUUACGUAAAUUGGAAAAAGAGAAAAUUCUGGUGUUCACCCCAUCCCGCCGUGUUCAAGGGAGAAGGGUGGUAUGCUAUGAUGAUAGGUUCAUCGUAAAGUUGGCCUUUGAGUCUGAUGGUAUAAUUGUGUCUAAUGAUAACUACAGGGAUCUAGCUAAUGAAAAACCAGAAUGGAAGAAAUUCAUUGAUGAACGACUGCUUAUGUAUUCAUUUGUCAAUGACAAAUUCAUGCCUCCAGAUGAUCCACUUGGCCGCCAUGGUCCAAGUCUAGAUAAUUUUCUGAGGAAAAAGCCUGUGGUACCAGAACAUAAGAAGCAACCAUGUCCAUAUGGGAAGAAAUGCACUUAUGGACACAAAUGCAAGUACUACCAUCCAGAAAGAGGAAAUCAGCCUCAGAGGUCAGUAGCUGAUGAACUUCGUGCCAUGUCUAAGAACACAGCUGCCAAAGCUGCUGGUGAAGGAGGGCUGGUGAAGAGCAACAGUGUUCCUUGCAGCACUAAAAUAGAUAGCACUUCAGAUCUUAAGCGAGCUGCUCCAAAGAGGCAAUCAGAUCCUAGUAUAAGGACUCAAGUCUACCAAGACUUGGAGGAAAAGCUUCCCACCAAAAACAAAUUGGAAACCAGGUCUGUACCUUCUUUAGUUAGUAUACCGAAUUCUGCUGCUACAAAGCUCCAAAGUACUGCACCUUUAAGCAAUGGCCUUCCAUCUGGAGUCCAUUUCCCACCUCACGAUCAAAGACCACAGGGACCAUAUCCCCCAGUGAUGAUGGCAACCAAAAAUCCUGGAACACCAAUGCCUUAUGAGCAGUAUCCCAAAUGUGAGUCGCCAGUGGAUGUAGGUUACUACUCUAUGCUGAGUGCAUAUCCAAACCUAAGCCUCUCUGGUCCACGAAGCCCUGAGAGGCGUUUCUCCUUGGACAUAGAUUACAGAAUCAGCUCUGUAGCCUCUGAUUGUAGUAGCGAAGGGAGCAUGAGCUGUGGCAGUAGUGAUUCCUACAUAGGCUACAAUGAUCGAUCCUAUAUGAGUUCUCCUGAUCCCCAACUGGAAGAGAAUUUAAAGUGCCAACAUAUGCAUCCCCAUAGCCAUGUAACUUCACAGUCUUUCUUGCAGAGCUACCAUGAUACACUGUCCAGGGUUCAGAGUUAUAGUCCUGAAGAACCAAAGCAUCAUCACAAACCUCCACUUUCAUACAUGGCUGGACACCUUCAGCAUCCCAGUGCUGGUGCUCGUUCAAGUUGUCCUGGUGACUACCCUGCUCCUCAAAGUUCCCAGCAUUCAAAGAACAUGCAUCUGGGGAGAGCCCUUGUGUCCACAAGAGUAGACAGCAUAUCAGACUCACGUUUAUAUGAUAAUUCUCCACUAAGACAAAGAAAAUCAUACUCUGGUCAAGAAGGACUCAGUAGUUGGGAUAGGCAGGGCUAUGGAAUGGAUGCGUAUAGCUUUCGUCAAACGUAUUCCUUGCCCAGUAACCCCUCACAGCCAUGUUAUGAACAGUUUGCUUUCCAAAGCUUGCCUGAGCAACAAGAUCAGCCUUGGCGGAUACCUUACUGUGGAAUGCCUCAAGACCCUCCAAGGUACCUGGAUAGCCGAGAAAAAGUCUAUAUAAACCUGUGCAACAUUUUCCCCCCUGACCUUGUGAGAAUUGUUAUGAAAAGGAAUCCUCAUAUGACAGAUGCUCAGCAGCUUGCUGCAGCCAUUUUAGUGGAAAAAUCUCAGCUAGGUUAUUGAUGACAUGAUGACAAUGACGAUGCAUCUUUGUGGUGUCUAUUAGUUCAGUUUCAGCUAUAAUGCUGAGGGAGGUUUGCUACACUAGCAUUUGUGAUCUCCUUCUCAGCAAGGAGGUUAUAUAGUAAUCCAUUUAUGUGAAAUACUGUGCCAUGGAAUCUGUAUGUACAACCCCAUGCAUUGGAAGUGACAGGUUUGGUUUUAAAUGCUUGUUCAACUUGUUUGUUUUUUUCAUAACUGGAAGGUUUUUCCAGUUUAAUAUAUUAUUAUAUCUGUGUUCUCUGAAUAGAAUCUUUGGUGCAUUGGGGUUUUAUAUGCAGCACUUUCUUAUAUUGUUACAUAUUUAUAUUGGGUGCUUUCUCCUUUGAGUACAAAAGAGUUUCUUUUCUAAACUGCAGAAAAUUGAAGAGGAUUUUAUGCACCCAGCCAACGUUUUUUCUUCAAGCCAAGCUUAUUAUGAACUCUUUUUUAUUGCAAUUAAGUUAUUUAAUUUUAUUGUGUGAUCUUCACUGUGCUAUAAUCAUUUUAUUUAUAGAAAACAAAGGUCUUAUACAGCACUGACUUUAUUUUUUAAGCAAUUUGUGAGUUACCAGUUUUAUCACUGAAAUGGGUAACAAUAUAUUAGUACUUUAUAGUAUGGCACUUUUUAUUGGUUUUAAUUGAAAUUAUUUGUUGAUGACUGUUUAUUUUUUUCUGCAAGCAGAAGCAAUCAGUUAUGAGAGAAACCUGCUAUCACUAAUUUAUUAUGUAGAAGGCAAAAGCCUUAUGUGAAGUUUGGAAAAUGUUCAGUUCAUCUAAUUCAUAAUUGCCUAAAAAUAGACUGGUUUAGGUACCGACCGUAUCCAGCUGAUGUGUACUUCCAUUCAUUAGAAAUGGCAAUGAAAUUGAAAUUUGUGUUAGGUGUGUCUUUUGCUCCCCUAAUUAAUGUGCAGGUAUAAUGGACAAAAUGCUUUUUUUUCCCAUAAAAAAAACCUGUUUUUAAAUGAACCCUAAUUGUUUUCAAUGCAAUUUUUGUAUAUAAGAUACUGUAUAUUUUUGUGCUAUUUAUCAAAGCUGACCUGAGAAGGCUUUAUGUUGUGUUGAAGAUAUGCAACAUUUUAUUAACUGCACUACAGUAAUAAUAGUAUUAUAGCAUUAUAGCUGAGAAUGUUAUGAUAUCCUGGCUAGAAUCCAAUGGUAUUGCUGAUGGAAGCAGUUUUGUCUGCAGAACUGGAGGGAACUAGUUCCACCCACACCUACGGAUAUAGCUCCCAUACAGUCUCAAAUCUACUCUGGAGAAUUGGGAAACCCUCCAGAGCAGAUUUUUAAGCAACACCAAAGGCUGUAAGGGAUAGGAAAGGAGGGGAAACUCCUGUUACACUAGUGGAACUGCAGUAGUGCAGUGCUGGAUCCUAGUUUAUGUAGACUAUGUUCUCCAAGUUAGUUUGUUUGGCUUGUUGAAUUACGUAGGUCUAAUUCUCUCUAGAAACUACAUAAUUUUAAAUGCAAAUAGGAUUGCCUCUUGUAGUAUUUGUAAGGAAGAUUUCUGGUUUUAAGUUAUGGGUUCUGCUAGCUUCUUUAAAAUGUAAUUUUAUAUAGAUAGAUCUGGUAGUCAGUGACUUUAUAGGCAUUGCAGUCAGCUGCCUACACACUAGGAUUCCCUGCAAAGCAACAUACUGUGAUGUUUCCCUAGUAUACAGUGUUAAAUUGCUGAUAAAUGUGUGUGCAGCUGUCACUUGAAGACCCUGUAGAACCAGAAAGUACCUUUACUGUUGAUACAAAUUGUAUCUUUAACUAUGAGAACUAUUUUUAUUUAUAGAUCUAAUUUUAAACACAUACACAGACACACACAGACACAAAUGUGUAUAGUUAAUUUUUGAACUUUGGGCAACAUUUUAUCUCUUAUUUUUUAAAAAAAGAAAGAAAGAAAUCUAAUGGUUUUUAAAACCAGAACUCCUCCUAUAUAGGAAAUCAUUGAGUUCUUAUAUCGUAUACAUUUUCCUCCUAUUUAAAGAUGCCUCUUUCUCUUGCUCUAAAACAAUAUCAAAUGAGAUCUUACCUAAAAAUAUUGGUAAAAUGCUGCCUGAAAAGAAUGUCCAAGCACCUUUUGAAUAGGAAAACAUUUUUCACUUCUUGUGCAACACUGUGUGUUGCAAGAAGUAGGAUUUUGGUAUACAGUAAAUGCUCCUAUAAAGCAUUGUGCUUAUAGAUAUAUCCAAUAAUCUGAACCGUGUUCAGCAACUUUAAUUCAUGAUUGCUCUUCUAUACUGCUAAUGAGAUGGGAUCUCAUUUCUCAUAGACCUGUCUUUGCCAACCUGGUACCAUCCACGUGUGCUGGAGUACAACUCCCAUUAUGUUAGGUUGAUGAGAGUUGUAAUCCAAUACAAUUGGAGGACAAAUGGUUGGGGAAACCUGUGUUAGGUUCCUCUGCCCUCCUGUAGGUGCUGUCUUAUAUUUUGUCCAUCUCUCCUAAAAGAGAAUGUAUUUCCCAUUUCUUCUUCUGGAAUUGGGUUUUCACUAUUUAUAUAGUAUGUUUUAAUUAAGAGAUUGUACAUAGUGUAUUGUACACAAGCCUCCCUUCCCCUUUAAACAAAUAGAAUUUGUGCAAAAACCUAACUUGCUUGUUACUUGUAAAAAAAAAGAUUCCUGGUGGACUAUCUCCACAAGCAAUAGUUGAUUCAUGUGCUGUUUUAUGUCUUUAUAUUCUAACUUUAAUGUUUUACUAUUCCCCCAACUCUAUAUGCAUGCCCUUCUCUAAGGUAUAGUGGGAUUCCUAUCCCCAGAGAGUGUACAGUGUAGAAAUUUAUGUCUUCUGGACUGAGAUCCUUUCAUAAGUUGCAUUUUCUGUUGGCUUGUGGUGCAUUGCUUGCAGAAGCCUGACCAAUAGGCUAUAGGGUACAAAAAAAAGCUUGUCUGUGCAUUGUAUGCUACAAUAUGAACUCAGCUCUUUACAUAUUCAUUUAAUAUGGGAUGAAUAUUCAUUCACAUAUACAUACACAUAUACACAUGUACAAAUAAACAGUGUCUGCCAGUCUAGAGAGACCAGAACACAAAGCAGCUGUGCUUUAUAAAAUUCUUCUUCAGUCUUGAAGCUUGGUUUUGGCCUGCCUUGAAAAGUUAGUGGUUAAAAAGAAAACCUCACAGCUCCAGUGUGUUCUGCUGCAGGAGCUUCCCAUUAUUGUUUCUUAACUUUAAAAAACACUUUGUGCUUUGAAAGACUCAAAUGCCUGGCCUCAGUACUUUUCCUGAAAGGAAAUGUUUGCUGGCUCUUCUGUUAUGUUGCUUUCUCUUAAACAGAUCCUUAAUUCUCUCAACUGAUUUGGUUAAGCACAAGAAUGUGCUGAGUUUAAGUUGCAAGAAGAAUUUUCUAAAGAGAAAGCCAAGGAAUUGUAUGACAUCUUUUAUAAGUAUGCAGCCACUGGGUUUAUUCGCUUUACUUUUUUCUGUUUCAUGCCUACUUUUUCCUAUUAUCCACAUUGAUUCCUUUUUGUUCCUCUUUCUUUGCCAUACAAAACGGCUGAUGGGGUACAUCUCAUAGAACCACUGAGAAUUUGCAGAUGGUGCUGGAGUGCAGCUCCCUGCAGCCAUAGACAGGAGGUAAACAAUAGUGAGGGAACAUGAGAGCAAUGGUCCAAAAGAAAUCUAAGACCACUGUGCCCAAUCCUGAGCAGUGCUACUCAAACCAGUGGUCCUUGGUACAGUGCAGAUUCCUGAGCCAAUGGCUGCUCAUCCCUGGCCAAUUUCCAGGAAAGAAGGAAACAAUGGCACAAAUGCUCAGUGGCACACUGGGAAACAAUAGUUGAUCCCCCACAUCAGAUAUCCUAAGAAGCACAGUUCUGGAGUAUAUUUUAAUGGGUUUCCAGAAAUGGCAUUACACUUUAAAAAAGAAAAGAAGGGGAAAUGAUAUUACUAUAGAAAUUCCAGACUUGUUUUAGGUCCAUUUCUUAGUGUUGACACAGAGUAAGGUCCAAACACAUACAGUGAAAAUUACAUCAACUCAUACAUGGGUAAAGGGGUAAAUAGUCACUUUUGUAACUGUUAAAGUUAAAACAUACUACAUUUAGAAGUCACAAUUGCUGUAACUGAUCAUACCAUUUGGUUAUAUUGGGAGAAAUUUGAUCUCAUAGUGGUCUGUACCACCCUAUUCUCUUCCUUCACCCCAAAGUAAUUAGCGUAGCAACUCAGAUCCAGAGCUGGAAAAGAGGAAAGAGUUCCCUCAGACUUGAAGUGAUGCCAUAGAAAUAGAAAGGUGAGUGGGCGUUUCAGGUCCAAAAGGUGGCAGGGGAGGUUAGUUAAAAAUAGGUGUCUUGGAAGAGAUCACAUUGCAAAACAAAAAAAAGCUUAUUACUUUUCCCCAUAAGGUUUCAAACAUAGGAAGCAGUUGUGAAGCUGAAUCCUGGCAUUCCAAGAUUUCAGGCAAGAGUGCGACUGGGCAUACCCAUCUGGACCCAAAUGUUUCCAUUCUAAUAGGUCCCCCAACUGGACCUGUUUUUAAGGUGCAGCAAUUGAAUCUAGAUUUAGUCCUCGUGUAAAUCCAUUAAAUCAAUGAGCUUUAAAUUAGUAGUGACUGAAGUUCCAUUGACAAUCAGUCUACACUUAACUUUGAUUCCAGCAUUCUUCACUCCACCACCUAUUUAUAUUCGUAACCCCUUUUAAAUUUUCUUUGCACUUCUGAUUAAUAUGCUGGUUUUCCUUCUGAGCUCUUUUUAUAUUUCAUUUAGGAAGAUGAGUUUCUGUUUGCAUUUAACGCUUGAUGCACUGUUUUGUUCACUGAAAAUGGAUGUAGUCAUCCAACUCAAUACUAAAAAUUAAAUAUUGAGGCUUUUCUCCUUGGAGUCUUGGUCUCCCUCUCUUUAAAAGUUGUUAGCUAUCUGACAAGAAGUGAGAAAAUAAUGUGAAUGUCAUAAUUGUAGGGUUUUGAUAUCACUAUGGAGUCACUAUGAUGUCAUUCAUCAUAGUGACAUCAGUAAAUCAACAGUAAAAGUUAUGUUUCAUCAAAUACAAAACAACACUCUGGAUCUAAAAUGUUGCAUGACAUUUUAAAUGUAGACUGCAAUAGAGUACAUCUGAACUGUGAUUUCAUGGAUACUUUUAUUCUGCUAUAAGUGCUAGCUGCUUUGCUUCCUAUCUUUCUAAAAAAAUUUGCUGUUCUUUCUUCUUUCAACCUUUCCCAUUUUGCUUUCUGUGUUGUUUUCUUUGUCUGCAUUCUUCUUUUCCAAGUCCUUAAUCCUUGUCAUGAACUCUCUUUAGUUCCUCCUCAUCUUCCUUCUCUCUGGACUUUUGUUUUCUAUUUUACUUCACUCUGACUAGCCAUACCAAUGUCCAUCCUACCCCUUCUGUACUUGUUUUCUUUUCACCCCUAAUCUUGCUGCCUGAAAGCUUCAUAUAGAGGAUAUCCACUUAUUAAAAAUAAAAUGUGAUAAACUUUUGGGCACUGCCUAAUGUCGUGUAAGUAUUAUAUUCUGUUUUAUUCAAACUUUAUUCAUCUUUAUUUUAAAAAUAGGUUAGGGAAAUAUUUAUUUUUGAUAUAUUGUCUAUCUGAAUAUUAUUUAAUCCUUUUAUUUAAAAUAAGGAAGUGAAAGGACUACUCUUUUUUCCUAUUUUAGAAUGUGACGGUGGGAUAUUUUAUAAGAGAACUUUACACAAACUUCUAGCCAUAUAUAUAUUUUAAAACAAUAACAAUUUUAGCAGAUGAUCUCCGUUUUUAUAAUUUUUAAAUGUCAGAGAUUUUUAAGGGAUGAGUGGUUGUUGGUAUAGAUUUUGCACACCCUGCUUACUCCUUUGUAGUCCAGUGCAGAUGAAUCUGCAUUUAGCAAUUGUAAACAAAAUUUUGUGUUACUAAUAAAGCUUUAAUUGCACUAGAAGUUUCAUCUUGAGUGACACCUGGUAUGAUGAUCAAAUAGGGUACAUGCCAUCUGUUGGCAUGUAAUCUUUUUAUAGUGUGUACUUACCCAAAGUGUUGAAAUAAUUAUCUGUUUAAGUAAAUUAGACAUGGUCUGUAGCAUUUCUGAGUUAACGAAACUAACUUAGUGUUGAAAUGUUAGAUGAAUGCAUAAUUACUAUUAUAAGGGAUAAUAUUCUUAAAUUAAGUGAUAAUAGUAUUAUGUAGAAUAUAGCAAAAAGUAUUUUUGGGGACUGAAUUUAAUCCUUUUUUUAAAAAAGCAACAUUAUAGGAAUAUGUCUAUUUAUGGGUAAGCUCUCUCUUGCCAUUCAAGGUAUUGUGUUAAUGACAAAUUCCACUGUUACAUGCAUCUAUGGACAUGUCUGAACCACCUAUAAUCCUGUUGCCCAGUCUAGUAAGCCCUUUGUUCCAUUAUGGAUAACUGUGGUAUUGGCUCCAUAUUAGGGCAGCAGGGAAUUUCCUUGCCACUGACACCACUGCCUGUUCAUUUGCCCUCUUCCUCUGGCUUCCCUUACCUCCACUGACCAGGAGAGGGAAGUUGUUGCUCCUUUCUUAUAUUGCUUUUGUAAAAGCUUAAAAAACAAAAAGAGGAGCAGAUGAACGAAGUUCCUAGAGAUGAGCAGUUUCCAGCAGUGUUAAAUGGUGAUGCUGACCCUACACACACGAUUUUUUUUUUACAUUGUUCCAUUCACUUCACUGAAAAUGCAACUUCAUGCACUACAAAAGGAUAUGUACCUCAUCCAUUAAGCAAACAGGAGUUCAUAUAAACCAUGGAUGCUCACUUAUACAGAUCUAUCUAAAGCCAUGGUGGCGAACCUAUGGCACUCAUGCCUCUCUGGCACGCAAAGCCAUUACUGAGGGCAUAUGGAAAGAGAGGAGUGUCUCCAGAGACAGCUAAAGACCUGUUCCUUCACCCCGCCCUCCCAUGCCAGGGAUGUCUCUGGGGAAGUCCCACCCCUGGAAGACCUGCUCCUGGAAGGUAGAAAUCCCACCCCACCCCCAGAAGGUGGAAGUCCUGCCCCUUGGAAGUCUCACUCCCUGGCACCUGGUAAUACCUGGUGCGGGAAUGCCUUUGAGUUUGGGCACUUGAUCUCUAAAAGCUUCACCAUCACUGAUCUAAAGCAUAAACUGAAAUGAUUGCAAGAUGUUGGGAUGAUAUGCGUGAGAGAGAAACAAGAGAUAAGGAAUGCCCAAAAUGUAUUGAUCCUUAUUUAGUAUACAGUAGACAUUUUCAUUGUGCUCAGUAUUAUGGUGUUACACCAUUGAAGUGCUGACAGCUUAAGGCAUUUAAGCGAUCACUGAUACCCACUGGCAUUUCUGACAUAUGAGACAUUUAUUUUUAAAUGUGGUUAUUAGCAGUAUACACAUUUUAGAUAUUUGCUGUAGUAUACAUUUAUGGAAGGAUAUCCAAUGAAUUUUAAAAUGUGUAUAUUUCUUGCUUGUAAAUAUAUAUACACACACACACACACACACACACACUGUUGGGAACAGAACCCAGCGAAGUGACAAAACAUAGCAAAUUUUUGGGCUUCAGAAUGGAUUUAUUCAAGUUUCUUAUUUUGGCACCUUUCAAAUGUGUAACCAUUUUUAAAUGUUCCAUAUUUGGUUUUGUGUGUCUGUGUGUGUGGUCUAUUUCAAUUCCUAUGCAGACACUUCUGUAUUUUGAAUUUUAAAUUACCCUGCAACUACAUACAGGUUUGUAGAUUUCUGGGAAGAGAACAACAGAUGUUUCACUGAUGUGCCUAGGUUAUUAGCACUCUGUUCCCACUAUUACUAUUAUUUUAUUUGAUCUGGUGGGGUUUUAAUACAUAUUUGGAAACUCUUAGGAAAGAAGUUUGUGUGUGUAUGAAACUUCUGGUGAAGUGCUUGUUAAUAAUCUUUUCCACUGGCUGUUGUGAACAUUCUCUGUGAUCUGCCUAUUUUCAUCUAAUAAUGAAGUCCUUGGACAGGAUUUAUAUGAAAGCAAUGGCAAAGCAUGUACAUAGAUUCUGUUCUCAGACCAAAUAAUAAAAAUGCCUAGGUUUUCUU